AUGGCCGACUGCGCCUCACAAGAAAUGAUCGCCCAGGCGACUUCAAUAUUCCCAAAAUUUUACAACGUUAUAAACUUCACAAUCUUUACAUCCACCGUAAUCCUCACCGUUUUCGCCGUGAAAGAGCUUAUUCUACGGUCGAUUUUCCAUAAUUCUACCCGUGUCAUAUUUUUCUUCAGUUUAUUUUUCGCCAACCUUCACGAAUUCGUACACAUUCAGGAUCAGGUAAAGCUUAUUUCGCCCGACUUAGCCAUUCCAAAUGCGGCCAAAUGUUGAAAAAUCGAAGGUUUCAGGCGUUUUUGUUGUAUCGGACUAUAAUUUACGUGAAUGAGCCGUGCAAACUUUUAAAAACUUCGAAAAGUUGCCAAUUUCAAAAUUAUCUUUUCAUGACUUCGAUAGCUGGUAUGGUCUUCAUGGAAUGUGCUUUAUCUAUUGACAGGUUUAUUUCGAUUAUUCUUUUUGAGAGAAACUUUCUCGAUCAAAAAUGGCAAAAACCAGGGAAGGAGUCGAUCCAGCGACCCAUUGAUUAACAUUUAAACGUUUUACCCCUGAGCCAAUGUGCCAAAAUUCACUAAGCUAUGAUACUGCGUAACAGUAGAAAAAUCCAUUCUUCCAGCACUUACUGAGAAAAUUCUUAGUGGCCACUAUAGAGGCUCGCCAAGGACUACUUGGAGAGGACACUAAAGUGGCCACUAAACCCACCUCUAUAGCGGCCCUUAUUUUCCGUUUAGUGGUCCCUCCAGUAGUUUUUCAUCCAGUAUUCCUUCCAGUAACUCUGAUAAAUUAAAAAAAAAAAACAGAUUCGACCAGUUAUGUUGAUCCAUUGACCCCUAAAGUGGCCACUAACAUUUUUACCGGUCGGGUAGUAGCACUCAGACCUCUAUAGUGGCCCCUAAUGUUUAACCCCUUAAGUGGCCACUAAUUUGAUUACUAUAGUGGCCACUAAAACGUCAAAACCCUAAGGUGGCCACUAAAAAUUUUCCCAGUAAUUUUCUGAUUUUCAACUUCCUGUCCUCCUAAACGAUCCUUUUAAGACAGAUUUAACAAGCUCCCAAAAGCUAUUAAUUUAAAAAAAUGGCAAAAACCGCUAGAGGACUCGAUCCAGCGACCCCCCGCUUUAAAGGAAGGACCUUUACCACUGAGCCAAACCUCCCCCUCUCUUCCAACAACAAAAAUGCAUUAAAAUUAGUCCAAAAAAGUUGAAAAUGAUCCCUUUUGUUCACGAUUUUCUCCGUUCACUAACACUGGUUAUACCCCUCAAAUGAUUCCUUUAAGACAGAUUUAACAAGCUCCCAAAAGCUACCAAUUUAAAAAAAAUGGCAAAAACCACUAGAGGACUCGAUCCAGCGACCCUCCGCUUUAAAGGAAAAAUCUUUACCACUGAGCCAAACUUCACCCUCUCCUCCAACGACAAAAAUGCACUGAAAAUAGACCAAAUGAUCCUUUUUCACGCUUUUUUUCCAUUGACCACCUCUGAUUAAACCCCUAAAUGACCACUUCAGAAUGAUUGCCACGAUCUCCCCGACUCGUUACUCAAAAAUGUCCAGUGGGAUCGGGAUCUGCUUGGCUAUGCUAGCGGUAAGAAGUUUUUGAACUUUUCUUAUAAUUUUUUGAAUUUUCCAGACUACCGGAAGCAUUAUGGUGCCAGUGAUUACCCUUUACGGGGACCCAUUUUCGGGCUCAGUUCAAUCUUGUAUUCAUGCCCCUCUGGCCAGCAGCAGGCGUAUAAAUCUCCUCCUAGUUUUCUAUAUUUGUGUAUCCUUAUUUAAUAUUUUUUUGUCAAUUUUUUUCUAUCAUGUACAUCAACCGGAAGCAGGAAGCGAGGUGAGCGUUAUUUUUUUCGCAAGUUCGCUCUAUGGAUAACUGAAGAUUUUUUUCUUGGUUUUUGAAAUUUUUGGAACUAGGAAUCUAGUAUUCAUGUCGGGGAAAAAAACAAUAAAAGAGUUGGGAAUUUUAAUAUUCUAAAAUUUUAAAAUUCCAAAAAAAAUAUUCGGCUCAAAGAACCGAACCAGUGCGCUCCAUUGAUAAUCCAAAGAUUUUUCUGAAUCUCAUUAUUCUACUUGAUUUUUACAUCUUUCAAAUCGCACAGUAGGACUCGAAAAAAACUGAGAUUACCGCCAAAAAUUUCAAAAAAAUUUUUUUCCAUGGAGCGCACAAACAUCUUUGAAUCGUCUAAUGAUAAGUUAUCCGUUCUUUUCUAAGUCUCAAUGCGUCGCGGUCGCGCUGCAGCUUAGGAUUUAAAAAAAAAUUUCACUUAGAAUGUCAAAAUACGUAAGUCGUUUUGCGUCGGGCGCACCCUGAAAAAACCGUUUUGGGAAUUUUUUCGUGCAACCAAAGUUGUUUAAAGUCAACUAGAACGGCUUUUUAGUUCUAAAACAUGAUAAAAGUUCCGGGAAAAAAAUAUUAUUUCAAAAACGAAAUUUUUUUCAUCGGUCCUAAUUUCUUCAAGUUCUCAAAUCCAUUGUUUUGCUCCGGAAUCGCACGAAAAAAAGCAAAAACGGAUUUAUCAGUGUGCGCCCGACCCAAAACGGCUUACGCACUUUGAUACUCUAAGUGAACAUUUUUAAGUCCUCAGCCGCAGCAAAAAAACCUUUUUUCAAGAAAAACUUUUUUAUCGGUUCUAAUUUCUUCAAGCCAAUAAUCAAAAAUAAUUUUUCCAUUGAAACUUUUUAUAAGAGAUCUAAUCCAACUCCGAUUGCAGGCUCAAAAGUCGAUUCAGUAUCGCUUUGCGGUACCAAGCGAGAGAGUCUUUGAUUUCGACCGAGGCCGUCUGUAGGAUCACAACGGCUCAAUUUUUCGCCCUAACGUUCUACGCGGUGGCCGUUUUGCUGAUGAGAAUCAAUCGUGACAAAUUCACCUUUUAUUCCUAUGCAAAUACGAUUUUUUGGGUUUAUGUGAGUUUUUUUUUUUUCAUUUUCAGCUUUACAAAGCAAAUUUUCAGGCCAUUCCCUACGCGGCCGUGUCUUUACCAUUAUUAAUCCUUUUAACCAUGCGAAUUACUGGAAAAGGACGUCGGAAAGCGAUAAAUAUCAUCACUCAGACUCUGGAAACCCAGGACGGAAGGAUGAAAACUUUGAAAGAUAUGUGGGAUCGGCCUACAACUUCAUACGGUCCAUAUGGAGUUCCAUGA